CUUGCACUAUAUUAGUAUGUCCGAGCCUCACCUAUUUCCACCAUAUAAAGAUCAGGACGUCUAGUAGUCCCAAGAUAUCCACACCAUGUCUGAUCCCGCUUCUUCAACACUGACCAUCCACCCUCGUGUCGCACUUAUCACAGGCGCAGCCCAGGGCAUCGGACGUGCCAUCGCCCUACGACUCGCAGAGGAUGGGCUCGACAUUGCCAUCGCAGACUUAGCAUCACAGCGCACGAAGCUCGACGGCGUCGCAGAAGAGGUGAGGGCGAAGGGGAGGCGAUGCAUUGUCUUGGAAUGCAAUGUGUCACAAGAGGAGGAGGUCCAACGCAUGGUGCAAGCUACGGAGAAAGAAUUUGAUGGUUUGGACGUUAUGGUAGCGAACGCUGGACGACUUCUCGUGAAGACUAUGGUUGACUCUACCCUCACCGAUUUCGACAGUAUAUUCGACACCAAUGUACGCGGGGUGUUCCUGUGCUUGCGUGCCGCAGCGCAGGUCAUGAUCAAGCGAGGGCGUGGCGGGAAGAUAAUCAGCGCGUCGUCGGUAUCAGGGAAGAAAGGGGUGGCAUUAAACGGCAUUUACUGUGCGUCGAAAGCUGCCGUUCGAUCUUUCACACAGGCGCUCGCGAGUGAACUCGGGUCAUACGGUAUCACUGUGAACGCCUACGCGCCUGGACCAAUCGAUACGCCUCUCCUGCAAUACUCCGCAGAUUCAUUGGAGCAACUGCUAGGGGUUCCUGAUGGCAAGGAAUUGAUCCUAAAUUUCCAAGCAACGAAUUCGGCACUGAAGCAUGUUGGAAUGCCAGAAGACAUUGCGGGCUUGGUAUCGUUCCUCGCGAGCAAAGAUUCCGCCUUCAUCACUGGCCAGACAAUCACAAUUGAUGGGGGAGGCUGGAUGGAUUAAUCCCAUGCUUAUGGCUAGAAUAACCCUAUAAUGUAACUUGUCUCCAAAGUCCAAACCAACCGUAUGCGUUACCAUACAUGUUGAUACAUUUUGGUCUAUAUGACCUUCUCACAAGGCUGACUUUGCGGCAAGUUUUUGGGCGACACCAAGAUGAUCGAAAAGAACUUAUGGAGAAGUCAGGGAAAGAUUCCUGGCCCCGUGCAUGUUCAUGCUUGACGGAUAAUACUAAAUCGAUGAUAACAUGAUGAUCUGGCGGGAUUGCUCCUCCAAACUUCAAAACUACGGAAAGCAGGCGCGAUCCAUUCACUUUUCAUACAAGACGGAUCGCUGG